AUGACCCCUUUUGAAGCUCUUUACGGGUUCAAGGCCCCACAGGUGACCAUUGGACCAUAUCUUCAAACCAACGUAGCAGCCUUAGAAUACUAUGUACAGAACAGGCAAGGCAUGGAGAGAUUGCUUAAGGAUAAUCUAGAGCAAGUUCAAGCGAUAAUGAAGCAGUAUGUAGACAACAAGAUAUCAGAAAGGACAUUUGCUGUAGGAGACUGGAUAUUCUUAAAGUUACAGCCUUACAGACAAAUCUCUAUGGCUCUUAGAAAGAACAUGAAACUUGCUGCGAAAUACUACGGACCAUAUCAGGUGAUUGAAAGGAUUGGAGCUGUCGCUUAUAAGUUGAAAUUGCCAGAAGACUCGAAAAUUCAUCCUGUUUGCCAUGUGUCACUGUUAAAGAAGAAGGUAGGAGAAGAAGUGGUUCCUAGUACAGCAUUACCAUAUUCGGAUGAAGAAUGGCAGUUGAAGGUCCAACCAAUGGCAGUCUUAGACAGGCGAAUGGUCAAGAGGAAGAAUAGUACGGCAGUGCAAUGGUUGGUCCAAUGGUUCAAUUCUUCUCCAUCUAAUGCUACCUGGGAAGAUGCUGAAUUCAUAUGCGCUGCAUUUCCAGACUUUGAACCUUGA